UAAUUUCCGCCAUAUUCAAACACAGUCCCUCCCUUGUGCUGUUUUAGCUUCAUUUGUUGUGUUUGUUGUUGUUUUCUCGUUAACCCUUUCGGUGACACGUAGUUAAAUCCCCUCCCGUCUGCUUUAUCUCAAAUGGGUGAAACUGUUGAAGCUCCCAUUUUAGAGAAAACUUCAUAUAAACGGAACAAACAGCCGAGCUGCAGGGACUUAAAGAGGAAGAGUUCUGCUGAUGGAGAAGAGUCUUCCUCCCUCGGGAGUAACGGGAGGAGUCUGAGAAGGUCCAUACGAAGAGGAAGCUCCUUCAGCUUCCUCACACCAGGACCACAAUGGGACUUCAGUCUGAAACGAAAGCGCAGAGAGAAGGAUGACAGCGACGUCGUCAGCCUCUGCAGCUUCGACUUUAAGGAACCCAGCAACAAGCGUGUCCGUCCUCUCGGCAGGGUGACGUCGCUAGCCAACCUCAUUUCUCCGGUGAAGAAUGGGGCCGUCCGGCGCUUCGGCCAAACCAUCCAGGCCUCCUUCAGGGGUGAUGGAAAGUCGCCGGGCGUGCCCCAGAAGCCUUGCAGCAAGGCAACGGCCCCAACACCGCCCAAAAGGAGAAACAGCACACUGUGGUCAGAGACGCUCGACGUCCACCAGAAGGGAACUUUCUCCACCAAAGAGAUCAAGAGGCAGGAGGCCAUAUUUGAGCUGUCUCGUGGAGAGCAGGACCUGAUUGAAGACCUCCAGCUUGCACGCAAGGCGUACCAUGACCCGAUGCUCAAGCUCUCCAUCAUGUCUGAAGAAGAGCUCACUCAGAUCUUUGGCAACCUGGACGCCUACAUCCCUCUGCACGAGGACCUCCUGGCCCAGCUCUCCAAAGCCACAGGUCCUGAUGGGACAGUGGGGCAGAUCGGACAGAUCGUCGUGAGCUGGCUGCCCAGGCUCAAUGCCUACAAGGACUACUGCAGCAACCAGCUGGCCGCCAAGGCCCUGUUGGACCAGAAGAAACAGGACCCACGUGUGCAAGACUUUCUGCAGCGCUGCCUCGAGUCGCCCUUCAGCAGAAAGCUGGACCUGUGGACCUUCUUGGACAUCCCGCGCUCUCGCCUGGUCAAGUACCCACUGCUGCUCAAAGAGAUCCUGAAACACACUCCAGCAGAGCACCCGGACGCUGCACGUCUGGAGGAAGCGAUCACCAUCAUUCAAGGCGUGCUGUCAGACGUCGACAUUAAGAAGGGAGAGUCUGAGUGCCAGUACUACAUCGACAAGCUGGAGUAUCUGGACGACAGGCAGAAAGACCCUCGCUUUGAGCAGUGCAAGAGCCUGCUGUGUCACGGAGAGCUGAGGAACAAGAGCGGCACGAAGCUGCAUGUGUUCCUGUUCACCGAGCUGCUGGUUCUCACCCGCCCUGUAACGAGGAACGAGCGACACUGCUUCCAGGUUUACCGACAGCCGAUCCCUGUGCAGGAUCUUGUGUUGGAUGACCUGCAGGAUGGAGACGUCAGAAUGGGCGGCUCCUUCAGAGGGGCUUUCGGCAACGCAGACAAAGCCAAGAACAUCUUCCGUGUGCGCUCCCAAGACCCGAGCCAGGCACAAUCCCACACACUGCAGGUCAAUGACGUCUUCCAUAAGCAGCAGUGGCUCAACUGCCUCCGCAGCGCCAUCUCCGUCCACAGGCCCCUCAGCGAGCCCUCUACACCCUCCCCACCCGCCAGUGACACUCGCUUUAAACGCCGCCCCUCCUCCAUCUCUGCCAUCAUCCACAUGGAGGAGGCAGACGAGAACUGCCCACAGCAGGUCUCUCAGUCUGCGCCCACCUCGCCAUGCAACAGCACCACCCCAAGUCCCACCCCCACGUCUCCCUCAUGCCGCUCCUCUACGUCCUCUUUGUCGACGACAUCGUCAUCUUCAUCGUCGCCGCUCUCCUCACCCACACCACACAAAUCCAAAAAGGACAAGAAGUCUCUGUGUUCGUUAGGGAAGAGGAAAGAGACGAUGGUGUGAGCUGAGAGGAGACAUGGACUCCUGAGCGGACUUUUUUUGUACAGAAAACAAAGGAGGAGAAGCGUGGGACUUGUAUUUAUGUGUGUCUGCGUGUGUGCGUAUUAUUACAACAGUGUUCUGUGUUACUGUCCUCUUCGGCAGCUAUUUACCUUACCCCUCCAUGGAGAGAGCAUCCCACAGAGAGACAGUAUUCUGGAGAGACGUGCACGGCUUCCAUCGCUCUGAAAGGGAAGCUUGAUGAAAAGCGAACACACAGAUGUGUGUGUGUUGAUUUCUUGAAGAUAGAGGUGGUGCAUUCAAUCCUGUUUACUUUUAAUUUGAUAUUUAAGCAUUAUUUUAGACCUUAUGGGGGGCCUAAUGAAAGUUUUACAUUUUUAUAUUCUGAAAUUUAUCUAGUAUUUUUUUAGGUAUCAUAAAGCAGCACUGUUUUAGCUUUUAGGUGGAGUAUUUGGAAAUCGGAGCAUGUAUUUCUCAGAAGAGAAAGAGAAGAAUCCCAAAAAUGAUCAGGUGUACGCUACACACGGAUACAGAUCUGUUAAAGAUUGUAAUCAAGAAGACGUCUUAUUUUUAUACAUUCCUUUAAUGACAGAUGGUAAGAUCAGGACACUUUUAUUUUGUUGCAUUUAUUGCAGUCAGAGGCAUUAACUUAAUCCACUAACUGAAGAGAUUUCAGUUUUUCUCUGUUAGAACAAAGACAUCAUGGAAAUCAUCUGAUGUUCAAAUCAUGUCAGAGAAGAGGAGUUUCGUUUUGAAACAAAAUUUUGAUCUGAGCCAUGUUGGUUUUUAAAAGAAGCUGACUUUUCAGAAUGAAUCACAUUUUUCAGUGUAGCAUCUUGCAUGGAGCUUUAGUUGUGGACACUGCAUGCACCAGUAGAGGCUGCAGGAUGUAUUUACGAGCCCUGAAUGACGGGACGGUUAAACAUGUAAAGACUGGUUGAAGAGAAAAAGAGAAAGUUGUUGCAGGAAGAAGAGAAAUGAGAAGAUGGAAGUGCUGGAACUGAAAGAUAGAAAGCGCGAGUUUGACUCUGUUAACUUUCUGUAGAAGUUGACGUGACGUUUCGCUCGCAGAUUGAUGACAGAUGGCGAAAAGCAAGUGAGAGUUAAAGAAUGAAAAAACGGACGUGUUGAAAAGGAGAUUAAAGAGAAGGUUGUAAGUGUGUUUGAGAUGUUUUGUUGUGAAGAUGGAAAAAAGAGAAGACAAAGGGGCAAAUUGUUUGCCAUGAACUUUAUGUAAUUAAAAGAACAAUAAAGAUCUGUGUAAGAUUUGAAACUGAAA